GAAGUUUUAACAGAUGGCAAUAUAAGGUCUCAUAAGGAAUAACGGGCGGUCUAUAAAUGUGUAGAAUGAUCAACCCGUAGAUACGAAACUAUCUGUGAUCCUUCAUUUCUUCAUGCAUAUCCGAGGAGAGUCCAAAGAGGCAAGUAAAUGCAAAGAGAGGACAACUCCACCAGUCCUUCUACCUUAGAGCUUCGUGAUCUUGUCUACAUUCUACCACAUCAAGUUUGCCUUAUAAUGUCACGACCAGCACCUACUCCUGUCCCUGCACUACGCUCACGCCCGCGAGCUACUCCUCGAGCACCUCCACGCCGACCAUCCACUUCUGGUUUAGCCCUAGCAGGCGCUAUAAACCCGGUCUCUGGUGCUCCUAAGGCUCAACGGACCUCCAAGACAACUCAGAAACUCGUCGUUCUCCCGACCGCGCCCCAGACAAAACCACUCCCCGCUAGUGAUGAAGAGGAAAUUUUGCACCAUGGCUAUGAGACUGAUCGAGGCGUCCGAGAUAUCAAGAGCGAGGGCGAGAGGAUGACUAAGGAGCAGAGGCAGAAGGCGGGGUUCAAGAGGAUAACUGCUUAUUGUGUUGCUGAAGCGUUCAAGAUGAAGGUGAUUGCCAGCUUCCUCAAAAGAGAACACAAUGUCCAACCGCGGAUGUAUGACGAGGCCAUGUACGUUAUGUAUCAUCUACCUCUCUUACCAGGCUAUGGCCCUAACAUCAACAUCCGCUCUUCUGCCCCUCCGUCUACUCCCAUAGAACUCGUAGAACCAGUAGAACUAGUGAUUCCUGUCUCGGAAGCUUCUGCUUCUGGAUAUAUCACCUCUGCACAAUCCUCACCGCAAGCACAACCAGAUGUUCUUGGGACUCCUGAAGGCGAGACACCCAUCAUCCAUGAAGCUGAAAGCCAGCGGGGACGCAGCAAACUCGAUCCCAACCAGUUCGCGGAGGUCGUUUUCUUCUCUUACGGUGUCGCCGUGUUCUUUGGGCUUGAAGAGACACAGGAACGUGCGAUCUUGGAUGACAUUCGAGGUGCGGGUGUUAUGCGAAGACCGUUGGAAGAAAAGGAUUGGGAGAUCGAGGAAUGUCAUUAUGCCUACGAUUCAAAUAUAGCCUACCCCAGAGUUUACAACGACUUCUUCACAUUCACAGCAUUCAAGUCUCAUUCCCCACUCCUAACGCUUUCCGUCUCCCACGCACUCGCUCAAUCUACCCUUCUCGCGCGCUACGAAACCAUCACUCACUCCACGCUCUCCUCCCCUUACACUACCUCGAUCCCUCAACAACUGGCCUCAACAGGUUCUCUCCAUAUUUCACGAACCGAAGCUUUGAAGAUCACCGGUCGACUAUUCAGGUUACGACGGGACGUGAACUUGGUCAGUAACGUGCUUGAUGUGCCUGACCUCUUUUGGGUCGAAGGACAGGCGAGCUUGAGGGCUUUGUAUGAUGCGGUACGAGAUUACAUGGAGAUUGGGCCUAGAGUGAGUGUGUUGAAUGAGAAAUUGGCUGUGGCGGAGGAUCUGCUCGGUGCGAUACAUGAUCAUCUGAACAAUAAUGCUAUGGAACGUAUUACUUGGAUCAUUAUCUGGUUGAUCGUCGUUGCAUGUCUCGUCGAAGUGGGCGAAGUCAUCGCAAGAUUAGUCUUCCACGCUGCAAAGAAUUCAUCAGGAACCGGGAUUUGUCCGAAUGCGACAAUAGAAACAGGCUCACAUCUCCUAGCUCUAUCCAAAGACGAGGCACUACGUGCUUUAGACCGUAUGAUGAAGUGAACAUUUCCCAUUAGUCGCAUGGACUGGUGACCUGAUAAUAUUUUCUUGUGGAUCUCAUUUUUUUGAUUCAAAUAUUGGAAUAUACUCAUUUGGAUGUCUUUGUACGAUGCGGUUUUUCGCCUGCAUUAUCCAUUUGGUAGGUUCUUGAAUGUGCGCUGAAUUGUGUCGAACCGUUAAGGCGGUUGUUCAAUAAGCAAGACGUCCAACACGAAAA